CCUGCCGUUGCUGCUGUACAGCGGGGUUUGAGCGCAAUGAUGGCCCAUAAGGGGAAUCUUGCUGUUGCUGUUGCUGUUGUUGUUGCUGCAUCUCCCGUUUCCUGCGCUCAUAAAGCUCGCGGUCCUCUGGGAACCUGUAGAACUGGACCUGUGGGACAGGUUGUGGGGGAGGCAUCGGAUACCGAUGGGCGUCCUGGGUUCGUCCCUCUGUUGGACGUCCGUAGCCAUAGCCGUAACCAUAGCCGUAGCGAUAUCCGCUACGGCCAAAGGAUCCUGAUCGAGAAGCAACACGGAUUCUGAAGGAACCGGUGCUGUCUGAUGCAAGACUCUCCAGACUGUUUCGGCGUCGGAUCCGAGAUGUAGGAAAUUGUCGCGACAAACGCUUUUGUUGCUGGCGCUGUUCCUCUUGCAGCUGAAGUUGUUGUUCUUGCAACUGAAGUUGUUGUUCCUGCAGCUGAAAUUGCUGUUCUUGUUCCUGAAGUUGUUGUUCUUGUUGCUGACGCUGCUGCUCUUGCUGCUGCAACAACUGCUCGCGCUCUUGCUGUUGCUGCUGCUCCACAAGAUUCUGACGAUAAUGCUGCUUGUACUGUGCCACAAUCGGAUCAACGUCGAUUGUUGUAUCAGGGAAAUCCGGUAUCGGCUGUCGAGGGAGGGCUCUCUCGAUAACUGACUGAGGGGCCAAUAGAUUUGGGUGAGGCUCUUGCUGCUGCUGCUGCUGCUGAUAGAGUUGUUCCGGAGGAAGAUCGCGUCUGUGUUCCAGCUCAUCAAUGUAUUGCAG